GCGCAAAACAAGAGGGAGUGAGCAGCUGACAACUGCAUGGUUUCAGCUAUUUGUUCAAAUCAGAAUUAGUCCUAUUUUAAAUUACCCCCCCACCCACACAUUUUUGCGGACUACUGGACAUAACAUUAUCACCGUUUAUGGCCACUGACUUAUCAACCAAUGAUGUUUGGGUCGCUCUGGGGCAGGACGCACCCGAACACUGAAAACCAACUGCACCACCACUAGCGGACAGGCUGAGAGAAGGGCGAGGAAAAUAUCACGGUCAUGGACAAGUCCUCAACAACAUGAAGUAUACAAUCGGUGAAAGCUCUUAAUUUCACGACUACAAUCGGGGUAGUUCUGAGAUGGACAAAUAUCUGUCACCUCCUCAGAAUAUCUCAGACACCAGACAGCCAUCUUUCACGGAGGACCUUGAUUCCCCAUACAGCAUCAACAUGAGUCUCCUCCUACCUGACGUUACCUACCUGUGCCCCAGCCUGUGUCUGCCUAUGAGACCCAUCAAGACAGAGCCUCUCUCCCACUCCCUCAUCCAUCCCAGUUGCCAGUGCAACCCUGGUCCUACAACCCUUCCAGAACACCCUGGGCUGUAUGGCGCUUCGACAGACACAGGAAGUAGUCUGUUCAUUAAACAGGAAAUGUCCCCCCUGGACUUCCCAGACAAUCCGUUGUUCCAGCUGUUGAACUCUGAGCUGGAGCAGCUGGUGCCCGAUCAUCCGGUGAACACCAACCUCCACAGUGGGGUCCCUAUGUCCUCGUCUGUCCCUUUCAGCAACGUCCACAUACCAUCCCCCCAGAUUGUUGUCAAAUCGAUGGGAUGCCCACAAAAAGAUGGCAAUCCUCUGACAACCCAGUUCGCAAGCCAUUCGCAGCAGCGACCAGACUAUCUUCCUCCGUCCCCGCCUAACUCUCAGCCAGGGAGCCCAGACAGAGGGAAAGAGCUGAUUCAGAAUCGUUCUCCGCCUUCAUCAUAUGCAGCCAGUAUUGCCUCGAAACUAAGACCUGGUCUUAGGCCAGUCCAAUGCUCUGGUCUAGGACCAGUUCCGAGCACCAGUUUUAGAUUAGUUCAGAGUCCAUGUCUUGGACAAAGCCAAAGUUCUAGUCUUGGAGCAGGCCAGAACCCUUGUGUUGGGCCAGUGUCCCCAACAUUGGCUCAAUCAGUUCCAGAGAGGUUUAACCAAAGGAAUAACCCUGACCUGGAGAGGAGGAGGAUACAUCACUGUGACAUUCCAGGAUGUAAGAAAGUCUACACAAAGUCCUCCCAUUUAAAGGCCCAUUUGCGGACACAUACGGGAGAGAAGCCGUACCAAUGCUCCUGGGAGGGAUGCGAGUGGCGCUUCGCUCGUUCCGACGAGCUGACACGCCACUUCAGGAAACACACAGGGGCCAAGCCCUUCCAGUGUGUUGUGUGUGACCGCUGUUUCUCCCGGUCUGACCACCUGGCUCUACACACAAAGAGGCACCGGAGCUAGAGAAGCUUACAUACAGUAUAUCUUUUUUUUUUAUUAGAUCAAAGUCAAAUGAAACUUUAUGUUAAAUAUACUUAAAUCUCUAACUUUCACAAUACAAUUGUGCUGACAAUGGUUUCACAGGAUUAGGCUCCCUGUCCUUACUGAGAAAUACAUGUGUUGCUGAAACACAUGGAUUUGUUUUAUUGUACCCAUGUAUCUUACACUGACUGCAAUAUGGAUGUAGCUUUUCCAUGUAUCUAUUUCAGUAAAUGCUGCCAUGGUUUGAUUUUUGAAUAAGAGCACAAAGUUGGAAACAAGCUAAUUUCGGUAUCUCCAGCAGUGUUUCCCAAACCUCUGCUCAUGUACCCCCAGCCAUUUCACCUAUUUGAUCUAUUCCAGUACUAGCACACCUGAUUCAACUAAUCAUUUGAUUGUAAAGUUGACGGCCCGGUUUCCCAAAAGCAUCUUAAGGCUAAGUUCAUUGUUAGAACCUUCGUAGGAGCAUCGUUAAAUCUCAGAGCUGUUUCCCAAACCAUCGUUACUAAAGUUGUACUUGAAAACUCAUAAUAUAUAACGCCUGCCUCAGACCACUCGUAGAAGAGCUAAGUGUGCCAUUAUUCGUUUUUGCCCUCACUUCAUACACAGAAGAUAUCCGCUAAACAUAGAAUCACAUGGUUUAUCCGUUGAAGUUCAAUUCAUUUCGUUCUAUUUUGCUACUUGCAGGCUACCGUCAUUUGUCUCAAUAUAUUUCAUGAUGUACCAAAUCUGUGAUUGAGUGCAUUUUUAUUGGGUAAGUAUUAGAAUAAGCCGCCUCAACUUGCAGUCGUAGGUGGUAAUACUGUUUCUCUCUAGGAGCUGAUCCGUAGUCAGUAUUGUGAAAUAAUUAUAAUGUUAGGGAAAUAUUUAAAUGGAAGAAGGCUGAUCCGAUAGCAGCACUCCCUUUCUUUCAAUCCUAUCAGUAUCGACACACUUAGUGACCGUUCUCUCUGCAUGGUGUUUUGGGAAACGCAUGUUACAUCUUCGGCUGUUCUAGGAAAGAUUACAUUGUUAAAACACUCGUAAGCCUAAAUUCCAUCGUUAUAGAUUGAAAAAGUGAAACAGUUGGUUCUCAAUUUACAGUAUUAUCUCUGUCUUUUCUACUUGGUAUCGGUACUUCAAGGCAAAAUAUUUUUAUGUAUUGCUAUCGACGUCUAAGUAUGACUACGACUACAUUUAAAUCCUGUAUAUCGUGUACAAAUGGAAGUCGAAGUAAUAUUUUUUUUAUAUCUUGUUUAAGAAUGAUAUCACACAUUAGUACUGAGUAUCUAAGUGCCUUUUGAUGUUUUAUUAAUGAAUUAAAGACUAAGCAAAUAGAGUCCAUUGACUAUUGCUGCAUUUUUUGGCUAUAAAAAAAUGUAAGAUAGUUACUGUGUUUUAGUUACAUAGUUACAUUUUUAUAGUUACAUUUCUUUUUUUGAAUUUGAUUAAAUACAUUGAAUAAUAAGAGCUAUCAUUUCAGAUUACGAGAAUGUGUUGAAAUAUAAAUAUUUUGUAUCUUCUAUUUCGGAUCUUAUUGUCAAUGUUUUGUUUAUUUCUCCUUUAAACUGUAAACUGGUUUACACUGAAUUUAAAUGAUACUAAGUAGUGCUUAAAAAAUAUUAGUGUUCAGCAUUUUGAGAUGUUAUACUUAUAGGCUAUAAUGUCCAAUCUGUGCCAAGAUUGCUAAGUGAGCAACAAAACAUGAUAAUAAACUUUGUUUACAAUGUUA